UCUAAAGGUUUUUUGUGAGGUGAGGAUUUGUGGACUUCAUUGGUACGGUGCGACCAAUCUGACUUUCUUAUUCUUAUCAUCGAGUCGACGAGUAAGCAUCUAACUCGACGAUUGAAAUCUUCAAUUAUUCACGAUGAAGGUUGUUCUACUUUUUGCCGUGUGCUUUGGGCUGGCCAGUGCCAUGAGCCUUGGAGCCAGCAAAGAAGAACUUCUGGAAGCUCUGAGGGCCGAAUUGGAAUUAGUCGAGGGAGACGAAACAGCUGAGCGCGAGUUCCUAGAGCAAGAAGCUGCUGAGAAACGAGCUCAGGCCGAGGAAGUUGAAACUGAGGAGGAGCGCAGAGAGUUCCUAGAGCAAGAAGCUGCUGAGAAACGUGCUCAAGCUGAAGAAGCUGAAGAACGCGAAACUGAGGAGCGCAGGGUGUUCCUUGAGGAAGAAGCCGCUGAGAAACGUGCUCAAGCUGAAGAACACGAAGCACGCAAGGUGUUCCUAGAGGAAGAAGCUGCUGAGAAACGUGCCCAGAACGAGGGAACCUUCCGUGAAGAAGUGGGAACUGCCAAACGCUACAACGAUCUUAAGGAGGAACUUAUCAAGGCUCUUGAGGAUAAACUGAUGACAGCCGAAGGAGAGGAAACUGAGGAGCGCAGAGAGUUCCUAGAGCAAGAAGCUGCUGAGAAACGUGCUCAAGCUGAAGAAGCUGAAGAACGCGAAACUGAGGAGCGCAGGGUGUUCCUUGAGGAAGAAGCUGCUGAGAAACGUGCUCAAGACGAGGGAACCUUCAUUGAAAAGGAGGGAACUGCCAAACGCUACUCAGAUCUUAAGGAGGAACUUAUCAAGGCCCUAGAGGAAAAACUGAUGGCAGCCGAGGGAGAGGAAACUGAGGAGGAGCGCACAGAGUUCCUGGAGCAGGAAGCUGCAGAGAAACGUGCUCAAGCCGAAGAACACGAAACUGAGGAGCGCAGGGUGUUCCUAGAGCAGGAAGCUGCAGAGAAACGUGCUCAAGCUGAGGAGGCUGAAGAACGCGAAACCGAGGAGCGCAGGGUGUUCCUUGAGGAAGAAGCUGCUGAGAAACGUGCUCAAGCUGAGGAGACCUUAGAAAACGAGGAUGCUGAGAAACGUGAACAGACUAUUGCAAGCUUGAGGGACGAGCUAAUCAGAAAGCUUGAGGAGAAGAUGGCAGAGGCUUAGGUAGCAAGUCUCCAAAUCGUCUUUUAAUGUCGGAAAUUAAGACAAACGGUGUGAUGAUAACUUGGUGCACGGAUGACUUUCAAAUUAUUUGUUUUGACAUCAAACAUUUGUUGUAUGGCUGGUGAUAGCUUUUGUAUUUAGGCUUUUUCUUGAGUAAUCAUGAACUCUCUUAGUGAACAAUUUCCUGAAAUUAACCAUAAAUCAAUUAAAUAAAAUUUGUUUUAAAGCCAUCAACGAAAUGAUAACACAUGUACUUACUUCUUAUAUUUUUAUAACUUAUUACGGUUUAAUAUGUGUUUAAUAAAGGUUUUGGGUAUGGUUGGA